AAUCAUCGAAUGUAGAAGAAGGACCUAACAUGGAGUCAAAGAUAGAUUGGUUGGUGAGAAAAAUUAGGGAUGAAAUGAUUAGUAAAAAUGAUAUAAAGAAUAUAAUUACAAGUAUAGUUAGAGAUGAAUUAGAAGGCUUCAAGAAAGAAAUGGAGGAAAUGAAGAAAAUGUGGAAUAUUAUGUCAACUGGAGAUGCCUCGCGUAGUUAUAGCGAAGCAGUUAAAGAGGAAAAAAAAGGAAAAUGUUAUUAUAAUAAAACCAAAGGAGCAACAAGAGAGUGAGAAGACAAAAAAAGUGGUAAAGGAGAACAUCGAUAUCAAGAAUAUGUCAAUAGGUGUGUCUAAGCUGAGAAAAGGAGGUAGAGGAGCAGUUAUUUUGGGAUGUGAAAGCAAGCAGGAAUUGAAACAAUUAAAAUCAAAUGUUGUGAGUAAAUUAGGUGAUAAAUAUCAAAUAAUAGAGCCAAAAGGUGCACAGCCGAAGUUAAAAAUUUUAAAUUUGGAGGAAGAAGAAAUAAACUGUAACGAGGAUCAAAUAGUAGAUAUGAUAAUAAAACAGAAUCAUUUGGAUGAAGAAAGAAGAGGAUUACAUAUUAAAAUUUUGAAAAAGAUAAUUAGAGGAAGACAAAGUGGAAACAGUAAUUCGGCCAGAGCCAAGAAGGAGUAUGGUAUGCUGAUAGUUGAAGUGGAUACGGCAACGCAUGAGAAAAUGUUAAAAAAGGAAAAAAUAAAUAUUGGAUGGAGGAAAUGUCAUGUUGUUAAUUAUAUUAACGUGAAGAGAUGCUACAAUUGUUGGGGAUUUUAUCACAUUGCAAAGAACUGUACACGGCCGAUAACAUGCUCGAAAUGUGCAGGCGAUCAUAAGGAUAGUGAUUGUAAAACUAAGAAAGAAAGGUGUAUAAAUUGUAUAUAUAAGAAUAAAACUUAUAACUUAAAAAUAAAUGAAGAACACAGGGCUCUGAGUAGAGAAUGCCCGACAUUCAAAAAAGUGCUAGAAGAAGAAAAAAGAAAGUCGGAUGGGAAAAUGAUGAUUAGCAAUUAAAGAAUAGUAAU